UGCAUCAUUUGUAUUGUUGCAUAGCCAGCUUCCUGCUUCUUAGAAAGUCACGUAUACAUACACACAUAAAUACACACACAUACAGAUUCACAUACACAUUCAAAGUGGGAAAUUGUGUGACGUCGCUGUCGACCCACCGAAUACCGUGCUGUGUAUGAUUACGAAGCGAUGUUGGAUAGCCAGACACGAACAGACCACAAUCUUGUCCUUUGCAAGAGGAGGGCUGAAGUGGCUUGCAAGGCGGAUCAGGAUGCUGCGCUCGAUGCAGUCAAGCGUGGGGCUCAGAACGAUUAUCAGGGUAUUACUAAGAGUAUGUUACCGAACGAGAUCGGACGGUACUUGUUAAAGUUAAUAGUCUACGAGACCCCAAACGACGGCUAUCUUGAAUAUCCGCACUGUACCGUUGGGACGGCUUUCCGGAAUGCAAAUCCAUUAUACAUCCAUUGCUAUAAAACUAAACGAAAAGAUGUUCUGUUGGAGCGCUGGCAACUGAAGUUCACCUGCCACGACUUCGUAGAUGAAUUUCAACGGAAAGAUCUUGCAAAAGCCAUAGAAUAUAUUACUGAAGUGAGGCACAGGCGCAAUGGAAGUGAGUACAUCACUAUCAAUAUACAAAGCGACGACGAGAGCGGGCUCCCCGAACCAGCUUGUAACUACGUGGAGGUGUAUAGACAACUAAAGCCUCCCUCGAAACUUCCUCUUGAGAGAGGAGAGAUGGCUGUGUGCAUUAUAUGUAGCGUCAAAGUAGGGACAAACAGUUUACCAAAUCUACCAAAUUUGCCCUCGCACUGGGCAGACACACGGAUAGAGAGACGUGUUAAAUCCGAACAAUAUGCACAGUACGAUAGGACUCGGCUUUGCUCGUCAAUCAAACCCAUUGUUGGGACCGUUGGAAACAGUUUCGUGCGAAAGUUUGAUUCUAUAACAAAAGCGGAGCCCAUCCCCGACAUCUUGCCAGCAAACAUAUCUCACGCACGAUUCACAGUGAGGAGAGACCAAUUGCAAUCAAGAUUCUCAGGACAGUGUCGCAAGUGUAUAGCAACUUCCCCAUUGCGUUUUUCGCGCUCGCACUUACAAGCAGAACAACGUUUGGCAUACUGUACUUGGAAGUCGCCACCGUUAGUCGUAGCUUCUAGCAGUUCGCGAACACCGCGCCCCAGAGCUCUCAGUAUGAGUGCCGGCGCUGUUCGGCAUGACAAUGGAGAAGGAUCUCCAUCUCUUCUCCGCGCGUCGACGGGCUUCAUUGGACGCAUAGAGCAUAAUUUAUUAACCGCAAAGAUGUCGAUGAUGUGUGCUGAGCCUCUGAUGCAAUUCUCGGUUAGAUUGGGGGUUUAUUCACCAACUCGCAGCUAUUCCUCGGUUACCUUGGAUGCCAAUGUAACACACUUUGAGAACAGUGAAGAUUGUUGGACUGCUCGUAACAGCGUGUUACCGUACUGCGCCGUGGUAAAGCGCGAAGGGAACUUCGCGGACUCUAGACGGCCAGGAUGGUACAGACUUCCGAAAAGCGGGUCAUUAAAUAUUGCGAUCAUCAAUCCGAAUGGAACACCGAUCAAGGUGCUGGUUUUGAAGUACGACGUCAGCGAUAUGCCCCCAUCAUGCAAGACAAUGAUUCGUCAGAGAUAUUCCACUAGGGUGUCAGAUAUUGGGCCAAGACAUCCACCUAGACUUCGACAUGCCGCACAUGUGGUAUUGGCAACGAGCUCAAAAAACAUAGUCUAUCUCACGGGGAAUUUAACCCUAGCUUUCAUGCAUUGUGUGGAAGACUCAGAUCUAGAUGUCACAUAUGAGAGUCCACAGAACCCUCGAUACUUCCCAAUGUAAAAAUCAAUCUCAUAUACUCACUGAGGGUUGAACUACAUGCGAGCUUAAGGUGAUUGAAAGUGCACAAUCUCCAGUCACUUUUCACAUUGGGUUACAUUUGAGUCAGGCUUUGCACUCCACUGCUUUGGUCAAAUAUUUCUCCGCAUUAUUUAGGGUUUGCUUUGAGACAAGUCACGGUAUGUGUGUGCAGGUUAAUUCAGGAAUUAGAGCACGUAUAUUUAUAUGCGGUAUUUACCACACACAUGGAGCUACAUCUCCUGCGUGUCGCUAAAUAAACUUAAAAUUGAAGCAGCUCUGUUUAUGGAUGACUAAUUGAGCCGACACGCGUCAUAAAUUAUACUUGUAGUCCGCGCUUAUCGUC